AAGUCCAAGGCCCCCGCCGCCGACGACAACCUCGACGAGCUCUUCUCGGGCAUCGGCGACGACUCCAAGGCCAAACAAUCCAAGCCCCCCAAGAAGCCCACCUCCGCCGCCGCAAAGGCCAUUGGCAACGACGACAUCCUCGCCGACCUCGAGUCCGAGCUGGCCCCCCAGCCCGCCUCGCGCCCGCACACGCCCCGCCUCAAGGAGGCCAUUGCCCGCCGCUCCACGGCCACGCCGCCCAUUGGCGACGACGGCAGCAAGUCUGCAGCAGCCGCCGCGGCGCGCAAGUCCACCGACAGCUCGCGGAGCCUCAAGGCCAGCUUCACCCCGAGCGCUACGAGCUCCGAGCUCCACGAUGCCGAGAGGCGAGGCCCCGUCGAGCAGGCACAGCAGCCGCAGCAGCAGCAGCAGUCUGGAGGUGGCUGGUGGGGAGGCAUCCUGUCGACGGCGACGGGCGUCAUGAAGCAGGCCGAGGCUGCGUACAACCAGAUCCAGCAGAACGAGGAAGCCCAGAAGUGGGCUGAGCAGGUCAAGGGCUUGCGAACCGGCAUCGACGUCACAACACUCAAGAGCUAUCGCGACGAGCUUCGCAACCGCGCUUUGCCCACGCUAUCCAACAUCAUCAACACCAUUGCUCCCCCCAUCGGCUCUCACGAGCGCCUCCUCAUCCACAUCACCCACGACCUGGUCGGCUACCCGUCCCUCGACCCCCUCAUCUACGACGUCUUCUCCGACGUCAUGCAGCAGGUCGAGGGCGGCGAGCUCAAGGUCGUCCAGAGGGGCCACGACAGCGGCUCCUCGCGCCCUCACGACAACACCGCCGGCUGGGACGACGGCCCCUGGUGGAGACAGGUCGACCAGCCCCGCGAGCUGGGCGUAGUCAAAGGGCUCGUCGAGGGCACCAAGCUCUGCCGCGUCAACGCCGAGUCGUACGCGACCGAGUACUUUGCCUCGCAGGGAGGCAUUGACGCCGUCAAGGCCAAGGCGAGGUCAGGCGUCGUCGAGCCCGGCUCC